UAUUAAAUUCGUCUUAUCAAAAUGUUAUGUAAAAUGAUCAUAUUUACUAUAUUAUUAUUUCUUUUGUCUCUUAAAGAUGUACAUGGACAAGUAUUUGUACCAAAACCACGAAUAGGACAGACGGCAACUCUCGUUGAAAAUAAAAUAUAUUUUAUAGGAGGUCUUAAUAGUGCUUUAGAGACCACGAAUGACAUUUUUUAUUAUGAUUUUGAAACAGGUUUAAAUAGUACAGGAUGGGCAGAUGUACAAAGUCAAGGAAUGAAUUUACCAACAAUAAGUUGGCAUGCAGCCAAUAUAGGAAAAUUCGCUUAUGAUAAAGAUUCAAUAUAUAUUAUAGGAGGUGUAAGAGAAGUACUAGAUUUAGUAUAUAAAUUUGAUACUGAAACAAAUACAUUAAAAGUACCAACAAUCCGAGGAGAAAUACCACCGAGACGUAUGGGAAUGAGUACUAUUAGAUAUAAAGAGAACGUUUAUAUAUUUAGUGGAGGAAUGGAAAAUAAUGGAAUUACUAUCUUUUUUAAUAAUUUUGAUGUUUUGAACACUAUUGAUUUAGUUUGGAAAGUUGGUAAUCUUGUAAAUGCUCCUCCUCCUAGAUUCUUUUAUGCAGCAACAUUAGUUUAUACUGUUAUUUAUUAUAUUGGUGGUUUAGAACAGAAUGGAUUGAUUCAAGUUUAUAGUCCAAUGACAAAUAUUUACCAAUAUGAUAUUAUCGGAAAUACAUGGUCUUUAAAGGUAGCUACGGCAAUAGGAAAUAUUCCGGGUUCUAGAACUGGUCAUUCAGCUGUCUUUGUUGAAGACAAAAUUUGCAUAUAUGGAGGAAAGUAUAAUAUGCAGGAACCAAUGCCAGUUGCAGAACAAAUUGCUUUAUUAGAUACUACUACUUUAACAUGGUCAAUACCGCAGCUUGAAAAUACUAAUAUACCGAAACUUGAUAAUACGGAUAUACCAAAACUCGUUUAUCAUAGUGCUACAUUAAUAGAUAAGCUUAUGUUUAUCGCUUUCGGAAAUCUCACAGAUACGCAAGUGUUGAAUAAUAAUUAUUAUGUAUUUGAUUUAAGUACAAACCCAAACAUUCAAUGGUCAAAGUUAACAACAGAUGGCACAGGAAAUCCUAAAAGUCCAGCAGUUAUGACAACAAAACCUAAAAUGCAACUUCCAACGUCAAAUGAUCAAGGAACUUCAAAUAAAAUUGUAAUGAUUAGUUUAUUAAUCGGUUUGGCUGUGAUUGUGUUAGCAAUAGUUGUAUUAUUUGCAUUAAUUUAUAGACGUAUGAAACAAAAUCAAAAGUGAUUCAUGAUCCGAAUACUGUAAAGAUUUUUUACGGUAUUCUCCGUAAAUCAACAAUAUGUUCCGUAAAUCAACAAUAUGUUCCGUAAACCUAAAAUAUGUUCCGUAAAUUAAACAAUAUGUUCAAACUACUUUAAAUCAAUCACAAAAGUAUCUUUCUAAUCAAGAUUCUACUUAACCAUAAAAACAAGGAAGAAUAUUCC